CUUGAAAGUAUAAUUACAUUGCUAAAUUCUAAUUUAUAUACUUCUACUUAAAUUUCCUGUUACAAGAUCUUUUCUGUUUUCUUCUUUCACGUGGUUAUAAAGUAAGGAUAAUCAUGCCGAAAUCUAAAAGGAAUAAAACAGUGGAUUUGUCCAAAACUAAGAAGCAUGGUUUGGAAGGAAAGAAAGAAUUAUACGAUAAGAUUCAGGCAAAUGUUAAAAAUUAUGCCCAUGUGUUUGUAUUUUCUGUGAAUGAUAUGAGAAAUUCUAAAAUGAAAAAUGUUCGUGAACAAUGGAAACAUAGCAGGUUCUGUAUUGGCAAGAAUAAAGUUAUGGCAAUGGCUCUUGGCCAUACACCAGAAGGAGAAUAUAGACUUAAUUUACAUAAAAUAGCUGAAAUGUUGAUUGGAGAAAGAGGGCUUCUUUUUACUAACCAGUCAGUUGAUGAAGUUACAAAUUGGUUUCAAUCUUAUUCCGAAGGAGAUUUUGCAAGAUCUGGCAACAUAGCUACAGAGGAUGUUAUAUUGCCAGAGGGACCUUUGGCACAAUUUCCACAUAACCUAGAAUCAUAUCUUAGACAGUUAGGUCUUCCCACCACUCUGAAAAAAGGUGUUAUUCAUUUAAUAAAGGAACAUGUUGUUUGCCGAGAGGGAGAUCGUCUUUCACCCGAGACAGCUAGAAUAUUGAAACUUCUUGGUUAUGAAAUGGCAGAAUUCCGCAUCAAGAUUUUGAGUGUGUGGUCGCAGGAUGGGACUUUCAUCAAUCUUCAGUCUAACUCAUGUGAUCCAGAAACCAAAGAAAAUGUUGCAAACACUCAAAAAUCUUUCAUGAAGGAGGAUUCUGAACUGGCUAAGGAUUGCCUUUUGCUUGAAGAUGAUAAUGAAAUGGAAGUUAUUGAAAUUGAUUUUGAUGAAAAAAGCGAAGUUUCAAAUAAUUUUGAAAAGGAGACAAAAUCUGAAGAUCUUGAGGAGGAGAUAAUAGAAGUGGAAGUAGUGAAACCACAAAAACCUAAAGGAAAUAAAUCUUUUGAAGAAAUCGAAGAAAAUUCCAGCGAUGUCAUACCUUUAGAGAAUAAUGUUUCCUGUGCUCUAGAGGAAAAACAAGAACUGGAAGGAGUAAAAUUAAAUUGCAAGAAAAACAAAGGAAAACAGUUUGAUGUCCAUGAAACAUCAGAGAACCACACAAAUGCAAAGGAAAAUGCUUCUGGUAAAUCUGAAAAUGAUGUAAAGGAUUCCAACUCAACCAAGCAAUUAGAACAUGUAGAAAUGGAAGUGGAAGAAAUUCUAGAAUCAGAAGUGGAGAGACUGAAGAAUGAUUCUACUGUAAAAAAAUCUGAUAAAAAGAGGGAAAAGACUGUGAAUAAGCAAACUGCUCAAGAAACAGAUGAACAUCCUAAUGAUGGUGCCACUAAUAAUGAGGAAGUUUCAUCUGAAGAAAAAAUAAUUGAUAGCGCAGCCAUUUUAAAUUUAACCAAAAAGAAAUUGGAAGAAUCUGUAGAGAAACCUAAGAAGUUUUCUCCCAAAAUGACGCGAGCGCGGGCUGCUGCGGCAAAUAAGAAAAUAAAAACACCAGAACCAGUAGAAACGAAGAGAACUACCCGAAAAAGGAGAAAUGUAAAUAAAGAUGAAUAAAUUGAUUUAAUUAA